GCAACUGCAAGAAACCAAAAAGGCCACCGGCUUUCUUUUUCUCACUCCACUUUUUCUCACCCUUUCGUUUUCAACCUUUCCACCCUCAAUUUCUACCCACAUUUCCCUUUUUUUUUCUUAAAUUUUUUCUUCAAAAACUAGUCUCUCCAUUUUUUCUUCCAUUUCUUCGUUGGCCGUAGUUGCUCUGUGAUUCAAUGUCGGAGCCGGACACUGAACCCGAAUUCUACGCGGGCCGACCCAGGCCGUGGCGACCCAAUGAUCUUGUAAACGUGGGUGGAAGUAGCACGGGAAGGGCAGUGUAUGGUGCCGUUCCGGGUGGCGUGGCUAUGGGCCCUAAUGCGAGCGAGCCGGUUCCGCCGGAGACGCUGGGGGGACUGGUGCGGGAGUUCUCGAAAGCGGCGGCGGAGAUGGCGGUGGAGUUCGGGAAAGGGUGCAGGGAUAUAGUGCGGCAGAGCCUAGGGAAUCGGGACUCGGUGUUGCGGAGGAGCUUGGGGACGGUGAGGGAGUCGUACUUGGGGAAGAGAGUGACGCGGCUUCGCGGGAAAUUGCAGUUCGUGAACGAGUAUCUGCCGGAGGAUAAGGACCCGAUUCACGCUUGGUCAGUGAUCGUGUUGGUCUCGCUUCUUGCUUUUGCAGUGUUGUAUGUGAAUACCGAAACUACUCCUUCUAGUCCUGCGCCAGAGAUUAAGAAGAUACACAUUCAUCCACCGAGCGCUGCCCGCGUAAUGCUUCCAGAUGGUAGAUUCAUGGCAUACAAGGAGCAAGGUGUUCCAGCUGACAGAGCUAGAUUUUCAAUCAUUGCUCCGCAUUCUUUCCUAUCAUCUCGGCUUGCAGGAAUUCCUGGACUAAAGGUUUCCCUGUUAGAAGAGUUUGGCGUUCGCUUGUUGACGUAUGAUCUUCCUGGGUUCGGAGAGAGUGAUCCUCAUCCCGACAGAAACCUUGAAUUUUCAGCAAUGGAUAUGUUGCUCCUAGCCGAUGCUGUUGGUGUCAACGACAAGUUUUGGGUUGUGGGAUACUCGAGCGGAAGCAUGCAUGCUUGGGCAGCACUAAGAUACAUUCCUGAUAGACUUGCAGGUGCAGCCAUGUUUGCUCCAAUGGUGAAUCCGUACGAUUCAAUCAUGAACAGGGAAGAGAGACGCAGGACCUGGGGGAAAUGGACGCGAAGCAGAAAAUUUUGGUACUUUUUGGCAAGGAGGUUUCCUAGAUUUCUUUCUUUUUUCUAUCACAGAAGCUUCUUGUCUGGAAAGCACGGACAAAUCGAUAAAUGGCUGUCAUUGUCAAUGGGAAAGAGGGAUAAAGCUCUGAUGGAGGACCCAAUCUACGAAGAAUUCUGGCAAAGGGAUGUGGAAGAAUCAAUUAGGCAGAGAAUCUCGAAACCCUUCGUGGAGGAAGCUGUUUUGCAAGUGUCAAAUUGGGGUUUCAGCCUUGCAGACCUCAAAUUGCAGAAGAAAGAACAAGGGAAAGGCGUGCUCAAUUGGAUUAAGUCCAUGCUCAGCUCAGCUCAGGAAGAAUACAGUGGCUUCCUUGGCCCAAUACACAUAUGGCAGGGGAUGGACGAUAAGGUUGUCCCACCAUCGAUGACUGAUUUCGUUCACCGGAUUUUACCAGGAGCUGCGGUACAUAAGCUUCCAUACGAGGGCCAUUUCACCUACAUCUACUUUUGUGAUGAAUGCCAUAGACAUAUAUUCACUACACUCUUUGGAACACCACAAGGGCCGCUGAACUUCACAGCAGAAGUGGAUGAAACACCUCUUGAAGGUGAUACUGAAGAGCAGGAAGAAGAGGUAAAGCUUGGUGAUUCUGUUCCGGCACUAGCCGAGGCAUGAUUGCUCUAGUUUACUUCAGAGAGGUACAAUGUAUAUAUCAUAGGGUUACUACGUUACUCUCGUAGAGCGGAAAAAAUAAAACAGAAAGGAUAGAGAGAAAAGAAAGAAAAGUUAAAAGCAUCGUGUUAAUUCUCUUGCUCAGAGUUUUGGGAUGUUAUUAGGGGGUUUCCGGCGGAGUAUGUCUUUGGGAGGAACUGUUGGUCAAGAACAAAAAUAUACAAAGAAAUCAUAUCGUUCUGAAUUUCAAUCGGGUGCUCAAA